AUGGCAGGACCCAGACCAGUAGUUCUGAGUGGCCCCUCUGGAGCAGGGAAGAGCACUCUGCUGAAGAGGCUCAUGAAGGAUUAUGAAGGAGUCUUUGGCUUCAGCGUGUCCCAUACCACAAGGAAUCCUCGUCCUGGUGAAGAAAAUGGCAAAGGCCUGACUAGCCUCCCAAUGCUACUGGGGGCUACCUUACUGCCUGUGGCAGACGUCCUAUCCUCUGAAUCUUCUGAAGAUUACCACUUUACCACCAGGGAGAAGAUGCAGGAGGGCAUCGAUAAUGGAGACUUCAUUGAGAAUGCUGAAUUCUCAGGGAACAUGUACGGAACAAGUAAAUCUGCUAUUGAGGAUGUCCAGGCACAGAACCUCAUCUGCAUUCUCGAUGUUGACAUCCAAGGAGUGAAAAACAUCAAGGAGACUGACCUCAACCCCAUCUACAUCUCUAUCCAGCCCCCCUCAAUGGAGAUCCUGGAAAAGCGUCUGAGAGACAGACAGACUGAGACAGAUGACAGUUUACAGAAGCGUUUGGAUGCUGCAAGGACAGACAUGGAGCUCAGUAAGGAACCUGGAAUGUUUGACCUGGUAAUCAUCAAUGAUGACUUAGAGGAAGCAUAUGAAAAGCUGAAAAGUGUUCUUAUGGAGGAGAUACAGAAAGUACAAGAUUCAAAGGAGGACUCCAAGGAGUAA